AUGGCCGACCCCCGAGCUGCACCCCUCCGUCUGGGCUCUAUCGCCCCUAACUUCCAGGCCGAGACUACUCAAGGUCCCAUCGACUUCCACGAGUUCGUUGGCGACAACUGGGUUGUUUUCUUCUCUCACCCGGAAGACUUCACUCCCGUCUGUACCACCGAGCUCGGCGCCUUUGCCAAGCUCGAACCCGAGUUCACCAAGCGAGGCGUUAAGCUGAUCGGUCUAUCCGCCAACACUCGUGGCAGCCACGAGAGCUGGAUCAAGGACAUUGACGAGGUCACGGGCGGCCAUGUCGCAUUCCCCAUCAUUGCGGACAAGGACCGUAAAGUUGCUUACCUCUACGACAUGCUUGACUACCAAGACACUACCAACGUCGACGAGAAGGGCAUUGCCUUUACUAUCCGCUCCGUCUUCAUCAUCGACCCCAAGAAGACCAUCCGAACCAUCCUUUCUUACCCCGCUUCUACUGGCCGCAACUCGGCUGAGGUUCUGCGAAUUGUCGACUCUCUCCAGACCGGAGACAAGCACAAGAUCACUACCCCCAUCAACUGGGUCCCUGGUGACGACGUCAUCGUUCACCCUAGCGUCAAGAACGAGCAGGCCAAGGAGUUAUUCCCCGACUUCCGUAUCGUUAAGCCGUACUUGAGAUUCACCCCUCUUCCUAAGGAGAAGGCUACUGUUUCGUAA